GAAUUUGUGGUGUUUUGGGAUAUGGGUAUUGUUCUUUGACCUCUCUUUUUGGUCUUAUGAUACCAUACCGUUUUUUGGGAAUUCUGACAUGAAUUUGAUUCUCUGUUUUCGUAAUAUCUAUUGGGUUUCUUCUUCCCCUUUGUUGGAGUAUUGGGAAUUUGGUUGGUUGUUAUUCAGCUGUUUUUAGGCCCCUUGUUCAAGAAAAUUCUAUUGGGUGUAAACUGAAGUUGGUGACUGAUCUUGGUUUUUUCUAUUUCUUGUUUUGAUAGUUUUUUUCCUGUUUAUUGAGCUUUUUUUAAUCCCUUCAAUCAUGGAGCUAUUUUGUUAUAUAACUAUGAAGGAGUGAGCUUUUUGUGUAUAGAACAAUGAAAAAUCACUUGGAACCUACACAAUUUUGAAUUAUAGACAGAAAAUUUUCAAUGUAUAAUUGAAAAGUGAUCGAUACUUUUGAGAUACAAACUCUUCAAGUGAGGGAAAAAAGAACUUAAUGGAACACAAUAAGAGAACCAUAAAAAAAGUUGUCUGGUGGAAUUGAGAGCCAAGACAUUUCUGUGGUGGCCUUUUUCUGUCGUUGAACUUGUUGGGUUUUUUUUUCUUUUUUUACUUAAACUGAUAGUGUUUGUUUAUUUUGGUUGUAACUUUGGGGUUCUUCUCGUUCGAGUUGUUUUUGGAAUCUUGUAGAUUUGUGUGUAUUUACUGCACAUUGAACUGUUAAGGCUUCCUUGGAAUGCAGAGUGUUUGGUUGCAUUAGAUCAUCACUCAUCUUUAGUGGAUCAAUUGUGGUUGUGCUCGUGUUAUUUUAGCUUCAUCCUUUGGGGCUGUUAUUUUGUUUUCUAUGAUCCAAGUUCGAAGAUUAUGCUAAAGCUUUGUCACACAUUCAUUGUAUUUUGGUUUAAUGUGUUAUUGAAUUUACCAUCACCAAAAAGGCAGAAAUUUACUUGGUUGUUACAUUUGUCAAAGAUCUUGAGAUGGAUAUGGUUUUUAUGCUUAUCUGGUGUACAAAAGGGUGUAAGUGGUUCAGUUAGCUUGGUUCCUAGCUAUAAACUGAGAUAGUCACGGUUUUAACUUGUAUAGUUGACUUAACCAGCACUUAUUAACUGUACGAACUACGCUGAUUUGGGGUUUUUUUCAGUUUUAAAUUUACCCCUCUACUUCUCUGGGAACUUUCUUUUUAUAGUUUCUUAUAGUUUCCCAGCAUCCAAGGAGACUCUAAUUUUCCAUCCAAGAGAAAGUAACCGCCAAGAUCAUGCUCAUCAGCUCAUGCAUUAGACACAUUUUUUUUAUUUGAUGUUAUAUUGAACUUACCAUCUUGGAAACUAAUGUGAUUGAUUCAUGCACAGAUUAUCUUCUCUUCUGUAUGAGGAAUAAGACUAUUGAAACUUUUCUAAACUUUGGUGCUUCAGUGUGAACUUUUCAUAGUAUUCUAAAAUGCGUGUUUUAUUUUUGCUUUCAUUUUUAAAAGGAAGAUGACAAUAUGUGAAGGUCUAAUUGCUAUCUUUUAACUUCCUCGCGCUUCAUAAUCUCAUUUGAUCUUCCAUGUCCAGCUCGUGUUGUGGUGUUUCAGCAUUAUUCUCGCUAUUUUCUUGUUACCUACAGUCCAUUUGACUCCUUUUAUUUACACAUGGUACUGUGGCUUAAGAUUCGAGUUAUCGGGUUUUGAAUGGUGUUAGUAUAUUGUCCAGGUUAAGGUUCAAUUAGUAAAUUCUCGGUUCGUAUUGUUUGAAUGAGGUUUGAGACGGUUUCAGAGUAAAUGAUAGCUCCGGCAAACCAAGCAAGGAACAGACCCCACAGCCUCAAUUUUUCACACUCAACCAUGUGGUAAUGAAGUUUUUGUUUUGAGUGUCGGUGAGGAAAUUCCAUUUUCUGAUUCAAGUAAUCAGAAAACUCAUAAGUUGUUAUUAUGGGCAAACCAGUAUCCCGGUCGGAUGUGAAAUCUAAAGCUGAACGCAAAUUUGAGAAGAAGGUCCAGUUUUAUGAGAGAGUUGGAGAAAGUAUUGCUACCUUGAAUGCUCAAAAGAGUAUAACCAAGAAGAAAAACCAUCGUAGACGUAAAAGAGACUUGAAGGCUUUUGAUCUUUCUACACUGUCAGAGUUUCUUCCUGGAUUGGAGGCGACAAAACAAAAACCCUCCGCAGCAGAGUUAAAACUAAAUUGCAAGUCUAGGCUAAAGUUCAUAUUGAAGGAGAGAAAGCAAAUGGGUACUGUUCUUAAUCACCCUGUGUUUCAGGCAGACCCAUUGAGAGCUGUUCAGCUACAUUUAUUGGGCACACAACCAACUGAGGAACCGAAGAAAAAAAAGAUGAAUAAAAAUGGAAGCAAGAAAAGGAAAGAGAAGAAGUUGAAAGCUUCGGCAAGACCUUCAUCUAUGGAGAUGUGACUAAUCUCUCACCGGCAUUCUUUUGCCAUGUAAACCUCUUUGGUAAAUACUUACAUGCUCAUUUUUAUCUAUUCUAUUAACUUGUUUGUUAACAUUAACAAGUUGAUCUCGCUUGAGCUUUGAAUUUUCUCCUGGAAUCAGAUUCCGGUAGGCUAUUCUUGUUUUUGAAUGCAUAGGCAACCCAUCUUGAUUCUGUUUGUUUAUAGAUAGGAGCAGCUUCUCUUGAAACAUUGUCUUAAUAUUUUAAAUAUUAUCUUUGACUGAAAUAA